GACCUAUCAGCCAUUCACAUCCCAAACUACUGAAAAUCGUAGUGCGCUUUUAAAAGACAACAGUGACGGACCACUUGUAGCCUCAAGUUCGGAGGAUAUGCACGCACACCUAUGGAGGACCUUUGAUUGAUAUCCACGUCGACCUUGGCAUAUCCGUUAUCCAUUCUCCGUGUUUGUAYUUGCAAGGGAGAACAAGAAGGAAGAGUCCGUUAUAUUUAUAACUAAUCUAUUACAUUUGGAGAACGUCUUGGAGGUAGCUAGUGCAUAAUUUCGAAUACCCGUUCUAGUUAGGAGAAGUAACUGCAAAGAUGCGACUUCCACUUACAUUCAUUCUGAUUUGCGAGCUUUGUUGGGGUUUUAAAAGGGACAUGGUCAUUCAGUUCCAGCGGUCGGGAGUGGUCGGUGAGGUCGAGCAGGUAUUGAUCAACGGAGCCGCUCUCUUCAGCUGCGAGAAAGACGUCAACGGCAUUCUCCGUGCUGUAUUGUUGGGCAACUACAGCGAGUCUUUUCAACAGGCGUUUGAGAUAGAAGAAAAUGUCAACAACACCAUGACAAAAAAUCAUACUUACCAGUACCUGCGUGUGCAUGAAAGCAAACUGGACGGAUUUCGAGUAGUGCAUUUGACUGAMCGGCUCCUGGUUGACGGGAAUUACUUCCUGACUCUGGACCGAAACACAGACACCUGGACAGCUAAAGUACCACAGGCCCUCGCGCUCAAACAGCUUUGGGACCAGGACACUGAGGGCAUGAGGCUGGAGAGGAUUCAACUCCAUGAGAGCUGUGCCAAACUGAUGAAGGAGCUCAAACAUUCUGAGCCCACCACCACUGGAGGAGGGAUGUCCAUGCUGGCUGCCCUUGCUUCUUUGCUAGCAGGCCUGGCCUUUGUUGCCCUGGUUACCACAAGCUUCCUCAUCUUUAAACAACAAGAUCCCAACGUUUCAGGACACCCUGGAAGUGUGCUUGGCUCCAUCGUCCACUAUCCUCAGAACGUCACAGAAACACCUCGUCCAGGAAAAGGCUAUCAGGUUCUCUAAAACCCAAAGCUCCUUUCCCAAUAUACUUCUGAUGUCAACUGGUCACUACACAGCAGUGUGGUCUGGUCACACCCUUUCACCUGUCUUUGUGCUUGUCUCCUGGUCUGUUGCCAGUUUGUCUUGUCAAGCUUACGAGCGUGGUUUUCCUAGUCUUUUUUCUAGCCCUCCCGGCUCCGACCUGUUCUGCCUGCCCUGACACUGAGCCCGCCCGCCUGACCAUUCAGCCUUACCUGACCUCGAGCCCGCCUACCCCCCUGUACCUUUCGGACUCUGACCUGGUUAAUGCACUUCUGCCUGUCCUCGACCUGCCUAUUGCCUGCCCAUUGUAUUUUAAUAAAUAUCAGAGGCUCGAACCAUCUGCCUCCUGUGUCUGCAUCUGGGUCUCGCCCUCUGUCGUUAUAGGUCUGGUGACCAAAAUACCUUGGUUGCGUUCGCAUUUCCUACCUUUCGACUCAAAAUGUAUGUUCACUCCUCCUUGAUAUGGUGGAAACUGCAAAUACACAUUUUGGGGUAUGGGCAUUGUAAUUCAACAAUAUGUUCCCUGGUCCGUCCAACUCUCUGGUCCCCGUUUCUCCCUGGGCAUUCUACCAAAUAGGCCUAUCUUCUGUAUACCACCCCUUCCUUGUCACAACACAACUGAUUGGCUCAAACGCAUUAAGAA